CUCUCAGUCUGCUGACACACCGGGAGGACCGUGCACCUCCGCGUCACUGGACUCUAUGUUGGAUACAAAGCCCGGCCACAGCGCACAUCCAUGGGGAGACUUUAGUGGGACCUGCAGCCACGCGACCACUUACAUGAAAACAGAGCGGCUCUGAAGGACCUCGGAGAGAUCGAGCGCUGGCCGUCGUCUGACGAGCGUUGUUCAUGCGUCUCCCUGCGCGCCGUGACCACAUCACCAUGAACUGUGAGCAGGACUUUGCAGACGGGGGCUUGGGCGUGACCCUCACACUACGACUGCUCAUGCAUGGAAAGGAGGUUGGCAGCAUCAUAGGAAAGAAAGGAGAGACGGUGAAACGAAUACGGGAAGAGAGCAGCGCACGGGUCAACAUCUCAGAGGGCUCCUGUCCAGAGAGGAUCAUCACCAUCACCGGCUCCACGGACUGCGUCUUCAGAGCCUUCACCAUGAUCACGUACAAGCUGGAGGAGGACCUGACUGCACUGGUGGCCAACGGCACCAUCAGCUCCAAGCCCCCAGUCACCCUGCGGCUGGUCAUCCCUGCCAGCCAAUGUGGCUCCCUCAUCGGGAAGGGAGGGGCCAAGAUAAAGGAGAUCAGAGAGAGCACCGGAGCUCAGAUACAGGUGGCGGGGGAUUUGCUGCCCAACUCCACCGAGCGAGGGGUGACGAUAUCUGGGAAUCAGGAGUCGGUAAUCCAGUGUGUCAGGCUCAUCUGCACUGUGAUCCUGGAGUCUCCCCCGAAGGGCGCAACCAUCCCCUACCGCCCGAGCCCCUCUCCGGCCCUCCUCAUCGCAGGGAACCAGGUGUACGAGGCAUCCGAAUUUGCCCCCCACCCGCUGUACUCCGUCACCCAGGGAGGCCUGGACCUCCAGCAGGCCUACGCUCUGCAAAACCAAUACGGCAUUCCACACUCAGAGAUGGCCAAGCUGCAUCAGCUGUCGAUGCAGCAGGGCCUGAGCCCCAUGGCCCAGCAGGCCUCGGCCAUCAUGCCCGGGAUGGACUCCAAUACUCAGGCAUCUCAGGAGCUGCUUAUUCCCAAUGAUCUGAUCGGUUCGAUCAUCGGCCGCCAGGGCACCAAGAUCAACGAGAUCCGGCAGGUGUCCGGAGCCCAGAUCAAGAUCGGCAGCCAGCUGGACGGCACGAGCGACCGGCACGUCACCAUCACGGGAACGCCGGUCAGCAUCAACUUGGCCCAGUACCUCAUUACCUCCUGUUUAGAGACCGCCAAAUCCACGGCCCAGGCCGCCGCCAUGGCGUCUCCGGGCGACCUCAACAUGGCCUUCGCCCAGCAGUCGUCCCCGGCCGCCUCCCCCGCACCCACCCUGGCCGCCAUGGGCGCCCUGACCCAGGCCCACAUGCUGGGCAACCCGUACGGCGCCAUGCCCCUCUCGGGCCUGCUGGGGGUGAAGUCCGUCCCCUUCCUGACUCUGUCCGGCCCCGGGCCCGGCGUGGCCGUCACCGCGGCGCCGUCCCACACCAGCCUGGCCGCCUACACCGCCAAAAUCUCCUCAGCCAACUGCAUCAAGAAGCCAGAGAGACAGAAGUUUGCUCCGUACUGAUGGGCUCCGGAUGGAGAGGGGAGGCGGCUUG